AUGGAGCCUGGAUUUAGUCUUUGGGGAGGAUUCCGUCCUUGGAAUUUAAAAGAUUAUUUAAUUUGUACAGAUUUAAUGGCUAAAUCACCCGAAAAUAUAUUUAAAUCAUUUGAUUUUACUUCACUUCCUGAAAAAUCUUUGGUUUCACUUAUUAAAAGAUAUGAUUUACAAAUGAAAGAAAUUAAAAUUUGGGAACACGUAUUAAAAAUGGGGAAUUAUAAAAAUCCUAUACUUCUUCUGGAUCCUACAACUUGGUCAGAUGAUGAUUUUAAAAUAAUAGAAUGCAACAUUGUAUUCUAA